ACACCGCCACUUUGUUAUUAUCUCAUUUUUUCUGCUGCGCAUUUCGCCUUUGUCCGAAAUUGUAGAAGAAAACAACUAAACGCUACGCCAAAGGGCACGAAAAGUUGCUAAAGACCCACAAACCAAACAAAUUCACUUGCGUUGCGUAAUUGUGCGAAGAGAACGGGAGAAAUCAUACGCUAACAGAAGCAGACAAAGGCCAAACAAUUGUAUAAAAAAAAGAAACAGAAAGUGCCUGAAAUAAAUAGUACUAUUUACCUGGCAACCAAGUGCGCAUAUAUUCGCUUGAAUAUAUUCGCAUUCCGCAGCUGAUUUCACCAAUCAAGCACGAUGCUCGACUUGGAGAUCCUGCCUGAGAACUCGCUGGGCUGCGACGCCUGGGAGUUUGUCCUGGGGAUGCACUUCUCGCAGGCCAUCGCCAUUAUCCAGUCGCAGGUGGGCAUCAUUAAGGGCGUGCAGGUCCUGUACUCGGACACCAAUCCCCUGGGCGUGGACAUCAUCAUCAACCUGCCGCAGGACGGCGUCCGCCUGAUCUUCGAUCCCGUGGUACAGCGUCUCAAGACAAUCGAGGUGUUCAACAUGAAGCUGGUGAAGCUGCGCUACGGCGGCGUCUACUUCAACUCUCCCGAAGUCCUACCCAGCAUCGAGCAGAUCGAGCACUCGUUCGGGGCCACACAUCCGGGCGUCUACGAUGCGGCCAAGCAGCUCUUUGCCCUGCACUUCCGCGGGCUGAGCUUCUACUUUCCGGUGGACAGCAAGCUGCACUCGGGCUACGCCCACGGACUGGGCUCCCUGGUCUUCCUGAACGGCGCCUCGCCCGUGGUCUCCAAGAUGUCGCUUUAUGCGGGCAGCAAUGUGGCCGAGAAUAGGGCGCCGUCGCUGCCGCUUACCUGCUAUCACCGACAAAUGUACUUGGAAUCGGCCAGCGUCCUCCGCACCUCCUUUGGCCACACCAAGGGCCUGAAGCUGAAGCUCUUCACGGAGGGCUCCGGUCGGGCAUUGGAGCCGCGCCGGCAGUGCUUCACGCGGGAGCUGCUCUUCGGCGAUAGCUGCGAGGAUGUGGCCACAAGCUUGGGCGCACCCAAUCGCAUAUUCUUCAAGAGCGAGGACAAGAUGAAGAUCCACAGUUCGAGUGUGAAUCGGCAGGCGCAGAGCAAGCGGAGCGACAUCUUCUUCAACUAUUUCACCCUGGGCAUCGAUGUGCUGUUCGACGCCAGGACGCAGACCUGCAAGAAGUUCAUCCUGCACACAAACUAUCCGGGCCAUUUCAAUUUCAACAUGUACCAUCGCUGCGAGUUCCAGUUCCUGCUGCAGGCGGACCACCCGUCCAUGAGCGACAGUGGCCAUGCCCUGGUGACGCCGACGAAGCAGGAUCAUGUGAACAUAACCGCCUACACCAAGUGGGACGAGAUCAGCGGAUCGCUGGCCACCUCGGAGCGCCCGGUGGUGUUGCAUCGGGCCAGCUCGACGAACACGGCGAAUCCGUUUGGCUCCACCUUCUGUUACGGCUACCAGGACCUGAUCUUCGAGGUGAUGCCCAACAGCCACAUUGCCUCGGUGACGCUGUACAAUACAGCACCGCCCAGGCAACCGGCGCAGUCCUGGCAGCAGCACAAGAUGCAGGACAUCCGUCUGACGGUGGCCUAGAGGCGGUAAUUAAGCUGGGUCUCCUUCGCCGCUCCAUGAUGCUGAUGCCAAGGGGCCGCCGCCCUUCGUGUUCUAAUCCUUAAGCUACCACAAACGAUGAUCUAACCUAGGCGUAAAGUAGACACAUAUUAUAUAGUAAUAUAUAUAUAUACAGUACACGUAGAUAUUUCUAUCGUAAGCUAAGCCAAUCAUCGGACGAACCCUCUGACCAGGUUCAUUCAGCGGUAUUCCAUUGUGUUAGCUCGAUGCGUUUCGAUUUAUUUCGACCCAUAACUGACAAUUAAUUAGCCUCGUACUUUUAACAAUUGCAUGUCGUUAAUAUAUAUUUCAGUAACUCGUAAGCUCCAAUCGUGUAUCUCUCUUUGAAAAAGAAAAAAUCAAACAAAAAAAGUAUAUAAAUAUAAGGUUUCGACAAGAA